AUGACCGGUUUAGUUGACAACACCUCCACUGCAUGUCUGCACCUAUCACUCGCAAGAGUGACCAUUGAUUGUAAGCUCGAGUGCAGUGAAAGCUGUGUCGACGUCACAGUAAUCGGCAAAAGCUAUGGCAGUGCUGUGAGUGUUGUUGAGAUUGAUUGUGCGAUCACUGAGUGCCCGAACCCACGACCCAUCGCCAGCGAACACACCAGUCGUCCGACCCUUUCGUAUGACUUAUCGAUAUAUUUGGUCCAUACGAUUGAAUGGGUGGCAAGAAGUGAUUGAAAUGUGAUUUUUGUUGUAUCGUUGACUGCAAUGAGAGCCAAAUAUUUGACUAAUAAUUGUGUUUUUAUUGAAUACGAG